GAGGUCUUCCUAGUCAUUCAUUUCAACUUCAUCUUCUGGGUUCAUUCCUUUUCCUCUUGAGAUUUACAGGUUAACAAAGCUUUGGGUGUAGAAUUAAAAAUGAUGAUGGAAAGCACCAUAGGAGAUAUCCUACUGAAGGUGGGGAUGUUCGCACUUAUUCAAGCCCUGGUCUACUUCAUCCUCUCCAAAUCGUCCUCCAUCUUCUCCAAAAACACCCCUCCUCGCUCCCUUACUUUCAGACCUGCUCGCUCUGUCAGCGUACGCCGAUUCUUGGCUGCUCUCUCCGACAUACCUGCCGGUGGUGAACCAUCACCUCUUCCCCGAGAAGAAAAUUCUGCUGCCGCGAAUAAAAGAUCUUAAUUCCAAUCACUUUCAACUGCUCUAUAUAUCAAUUUGGGAUUUGACGACUGGAAUUAGCUAUCAAUUAAUUGCUUUGUAUUACUUUGAAUAUUUGUAUUACAUCCAAAUUCUGUGUGGCUACAUGUAGGCGUAGCUGAUUAAUUUUUUAUUCUUUAUAAUUAGUUUGUUAUUUUAAGACUUGUGCCAUAAAUAAAUAACUGAGGUUAUGCAUGGGUA